CGCAGACCGCGAGCUGUUUGACAUGCAGCGCGUGGGGCUAUAAAAAUCUGGCCAACCCUAGAGCGAGUUUAUUUGCCAAUUUGUAUCAACAGCAAACGAAAUGCCACCAUACAAGACCGCCAUAUUGUUCCUGCUUGCCACUUGGUGGACGGGUGGAUUCUCUGCUCCACUGGAUGGUUCCUGUGUCGAGGGCGGGGUGACCUACCAGAACGGCGAGAUCUUCAUCUGCCCCAACUCGUCGGGCUGCGUCAAGAAGCGAUGUGACAAUGGCGUCAUCAGCAUUGUGGAGGAGGGCUGCUCACGUGACGGUGUGUGUAUCGCCGUGAGCGCCAACUACACUUCAAGCACGUGCAGGACUUACACGUGCGUCAAGACAACCGGAAGUGACGGCAUCGUGACGUAUGCUGUCCAGCUGCUCAAUACCAAAUGCAGGGACUCAAACGGCGUCUGCUUCACCCCCGGGGAGAGGUUCACCCUGGUCAACAACGGCACGACCUACCCGUCCUGCACGUGCAGCGUGACGUCAGAUGGGACGGCAUCGUACACCUGUUCUAGUACAUCAACACAGCAGUCGACUGGGAGCUGCUCCUACAAUGGCGUCACCUACCAGAGUGGUCAGACAAUCGUCAUCACCACCUGCAUACAGAAACUCUGCCAGAACGGCGUCAUCACCACAUCCCAGGAUGGCUGCUCCUUUAACGGCGCCUGUCUGGCGGUGGACACCACGACCGAGGUCUCCUGCACGAGCUACAGGUGCAGCAAGACACCGCAGGCAGAUGGCACCACGAUCUACGCGGUCAAGGUCGUCAGCUCAAGAUGUAAAGACGCCAACGGCGCAUGUCACAACCCCGGCGAGAGCUUCCCUCUGGUGAUUGGCGGCAAGAGCUACAGCAACUGCACCUGCACCAUAGCAGCAGACGGCUCCACCUCCUACAGCUGCUCGUCUACGUCACAGCAGACGUCAAGCUCCUGUCUGUACAACGGCGCCACCUACCAAAACGGCGACAUCAUCACCAUCAACAGCUGCAACAAGCGACGAUGCGACAACGGCACCGCCACGACAAUACAGGAAGGCUGCCUGUUUGACACCGGAUGUAUCACCGUGGGCGGAAGUGCCGAGAAGGAUUGCAGGACGUACACCUGCAGCAAGUCCGUGCAGGCUGACGGCUCUGUCUUGUACUCAGUCAACCCUAGCAGUACCCGAUGUAAAGACGCCAACGGCGCAUGUUACAACCCCGGUGAGAGAUUCGCUCUCGUCAUAUCCGGCACCAGCUACAGCAACUGCACCUGCUCCGUGGCAGCAGACGGUACGGCUUCCUACAGCUGCUCGUCCAGCUCACAACAGUCGUCACAAACUUCUAGCUCCAGCUGCCUCUACAACGGAGUGACGUACCAAAACGGCGACACCAUCACCGUCAACGCCUGCAUUAAGAGACGCUGCGACAACGGCGUCGCUACCUCAUUGACUGAAGGCUGCCAAUUAAGCAGCGGAAGUUGUGUGCCAGUAGACGGCAGCACGGAGACUGACUGCCAGACAUACACAUGCACCAAAGCUGCUCAGGCAGACGGCUCCAUCCUCUACUCGCUCAAGUUCGUCAGCCGGAGAUGUAAAGACGCCAACGGCGCAUGUCACAACCCCGGCGAGAGCUUCCCUCUGGUGAUUGGCGGCAAGAGCUACAGCAACUGCACCUGCACCAUAGCGGCAGACGGCUCCACCUCCUACAGCUGCUCGUCUACGUCACAACAGUCCAGCAGCACGUGCAGCUACAAUGGAGUGACCUAUCAGACCGGUGACCUAAUUACUGUCAACAGCUGCAUCCAAAAGCGAUGUGACAACGGCAGCACGUCAUUUGUAUCAGAAGGCUGUCCACUGAACAACGCCUGUGUACCUGUAGACGGCCAGGUAGACUACAACUGUAAGACGUACACCUGUGUCAAGGCCGUCCAGCCGGACACUUCCGUACUGUACUCAACCAAGGUCAUCAGCACAAGAUGUAAAGACGCCAACGGCGCAUGUUACAACCCCGGGGAGAGGUUCGCUCUCGUCAUAUCCGGUACCAGCUACAGCAGCUGCACCUGCUCCGUGGCAGCAGACGGUACGGCUUCCUACAGCUGUGCCAGCCCAGCCGCAACCACGUGCACCGUUGGGGGCGUGACGUACCAAAGUGGCGCCACCUUCAACACGUCUGCUUGCAUCCAGCAGAAGUGUGACAACGGCGUGGUCAGCACACUCACAGAAGGCUGUUCAUACAACGGCGCGUGCAUCUCUGUCAACGGUGAGUACAUCACCUCCUGCCGAAGCUACACGUGCACAAAAACUCUACAGUCCAACAACUCCAACCUCUAUUCGGUCAAGCUUGUCAGCACACAGUGUAAAGACGCCAACGGCGCAUGUCACAACCCGGGUGAGAACUUCCCUCUGGUGAUUGGUGGACACAGCUACAGCACCUGCACCUGCACCAUAGCACCAGACGGCGCUGUCUCCUACAAGUGCUCCAGCGGGCACCAGCCGUCUGCUGGCUCAUGUGUGGUGAGUGGUGUCACCUACCCUAACGGCGCGGUCAUGAACUUCACCACGUGCAUGCAGGAGAGGUGUGAGAAUGGUGUCAUCACAACACUACAUGAAGCCUGUCCCUACAACGGCCACUGUAUCCCUGUGGAUGGUGAGUACACCGACAACUGCAGGAAGUACACGUGCACCAAGACCGUCCAGCCAGACAACACCAGCCACUACGCCGUCAAGCUCCUCAGCUCACAAUGUAAGGACGCCAACAACGUCUGCCACGACCCUGGCGAGUUGUUCCCCCUCGUCAUCAGCGGCACCACCUACAACAAGUGCACGUGCACCAUCGCAGCAGACGACAUGGUCUCAUACAACUGCUCACCCUAGUCCUUGAUGGGGUCACCGGCACCACUGAUGUCACGUGCACGCGAUGGACUCACGUGUGUCGCCAUUUUAAACAUUAAAUCGUUUUUGCCA